CAAAACAUAUCCUAUUUAUUGUUUAAAUUUCGUAAUAGAAUUGACAGAAUCUGAGAGUUGAUUUUUUUUAUAUAUCAUAAUAUAAGUAACUUGCUCUGUCGGUCUCCGUGUCCUUUUUGCUUCGCGAUUUUUUCUGUGCGUGAGAAAAUGGAUGUGGCGCGUGCGAGUUGACAGGCCUGCUCAGACUCCGGCUCGAAGGAAAAUGUUUACUUGAGUUUAAUAUCAAUAAGCAGUCUUAAAUCAACGUACUUUCAACAAAUUCCAUUGUAAAAACACUCUUUGCAUCCCUUCGAUAGCUCAGUUGGUAGAGCGGAGGACUGUAGCGGUUUAACACUGAAAUCCUUAGGUCGCUGGUUCGAAUCCGGCUCGAAGGAGUUAUUUUACCCAAUUACAUUACAACACGUUGAAGGAUUUAUUUCCAGCUUUAUGCAGAUGCUUUAGUUCCUCGGCUGUCUUUAUGAAUAACUUGCAUGCUAUUUAAUUUGGCAAACAAUGACAAGAAAAUAUUAAUCGUGAUUAUUCUUGUGCUCUUCUCUCUCUAAUAUACAUAUUUGUAUAUAUAACACACACACACACACACACACAAUAUAUUUAAUUAUAUACGAUAAACAUGACAAAAUCAUAAUACUUUUAAAGAAAAAUGUAUUAUGAUUGUGUCAUUAAUAAUUGGGCCUUUUAUUUUGAAAGAGACUUUAAAGUUCCUGUUGUUGUGACGCCAAUGACGUAAAAUAGCGAUUUCUUCUUCACGCUUUUCUCACAUGGAAACCUAAACAUGGAGAAUUCAAGCACAGAGAAGGCAAUUGAUGGCCAGGAUCAAGAUGUGACCAAAUCUGAAACUGAGAAAAUGGAAUUGGAUGUUAAUAAUACAGAGUUUCAGAUUGAAACGAAUGGUGAUCAGAGCUCCGGUCCUCAACACAGACCAACAGAUGAAACCUUCGCCAGUGGACAGUCUGAACAAAUAGAAGAUCAGAGCUCCAGCAUUCAAUCUGAACAAACAGGAGAUCAGUGCAGCAGGGGCCGGCUUGGACCAGCAGAAGGUCCGUACAUCUGUGAUCAGUCUAUAGACACUGGACAUCAGAGCUCCUGUACUCCAUCUGAACAAACUGGUGAACAGAACUCAAGUGGUCAACUUGUACCACCAUCAGAGCUGUGCACCAGUGAUCUUUCUGGACUGGCAGGAGAUCAGAUGCCCAUUGUUCAGUCUGAACAAACAGGUGAUCAGAGCUCCAGUAUUCAGACUGAACAAACAGGAGAUGAGGGCUCCAGCGUUCAGACUGGACCUGUAGAGAUGCAGUGUGGAAUUGUGGUUAGUCCACACUCCGGCACUGGGUCAUUGGCUUUGUUGAGCAUGCAGUACAGAGGAAACAGCUCGGAUGACAACUGUUCAGACAGUGACUCAGAUUCUUCGUCCUCCACCUCGUCCUCUUCAUCGUCCUCAUCCUCUUCUUCCUCUGAGCCUCUUGAGAUAGUGGUGAAGGAUGCAGAUGAAGACGAUGAAGUUGUUGCAGUGAGCAAUGAGAAGAAGCCAGUACCAUUAAAAGUCCAUGAUGAGUUGCUUAUCGAGGACCUUCCUGCAGUGGAGAACCUGAUCAUCAGCCUUCCACAGGAUACAGAGAUGGAGCCCGUUGGCACAAUAUCAAGCAUUGUGGAGCAAUUAGUGAUCGUGGAGUCAUACAAGAACACACCUGCACUGAAUGAAGACAGUGUGUUAUUCAGCAAAGACAGAAACUCUAUUGGCAAGGUCUUUGAAGUCUUCGGGCCGGUUUGUCAGCCCUACUACGUUUUGAGGUUCAACUCCCAUGACGAUAUCGACCAGAAAGAUCUCAAAAUCCGAGACCCGGUUUUCUUCGCCCCUAAAAUUAAAGAUUUCACAGAUUACGUCUUUACAGAGCAACUUUACAACACCAAAGGCUCAGAUGCAUCCUGGAAGAAUGACCAGGAACCACCCCCUGAGGCACUUGACUUUAGUGAUGAUGAGCAAGAGAAGCUGGCAAAACAAAAGCUGAAAGAGAAAAAGAGACGGCAGCAAAACGAUUCUGACUCAGAGGAUGAAUCGGAUGUCCAUAAAGAGCCUCAAAAAGCAGGCCGGCGGAAGCCCAGACAGAACCGCAACAUUCCCCGUGGGCAGCAACACAAUCAUGGCGGCGGUUUUCAUAGCAACUAUCACGCUCACCCGCACUUCCAACCUGACUACAUGUUCCGCCAUCAGGAUCCACACAUGUUUCCUUUCCAGCACCCAAUGAUGCCACCCUUUCCCAGACCUCCACCCUUUCACAUGGGCAUGAACCCGUGGCCCCCAGGGCCCAAUCAGGGCUUUAUGUUUCAGCCCCCACCUCCACCACCACCACCGCCGCCAUUUAAUCAAUAAACCUAUGACUGAAUUCUCUUCAUAACCUGCGCCCUUAAAUUGAUCACAAUCUUUGCGUAGUAAUAUAACUAUAUACAGGUGUGGAUCAGACUUAACUGUAUAUUGUUAGUGCAACUGUUUAAUUUGUAUUAAAAAUUAUAAAUUUCUUUAUACUGUGUAUAUAUAUUUAUAAUUUUUCGGUGUGUCUCUUUCACUUUGUGGUGUAAGGCUUUGUACAUUUAUUACAAAGUAUACACUUCAAUAAUGAGAUUUAUGUUCCUAUUUUUUGUAGUACUGCCCGGUAGAAAAAUAACAAUCGUCAAUCACAUGAACAGUGUAGAAAAACAAAUUUUGACACUUUAAGAAAAAAUGUGAGUGGUGCUUGCUCACUGUUCUGUCCUUAUGAGUUUGCCAAGUAAGAUAUGUUCCUGGAGCUGGAUAUUUUGUCUGCUGCAUACAUCAUUGAGCCUGUCCGGUAAUAGUAAAAAUAAUAAAAACAGCCGUGAGAAGAAGCGAUAAACAG